AUGUCUAAUUUAAAGCUGAAAGAGGCAGCUCUUAUCUACCUUGACAGGAGUGGAGGCCUUCAGACAUUUAUAGAAGAUUGCAAGCACUAUAAUGAUUCAAAGCAAAGUUAUGCUGUCUAUCGGUUCAAUAUUUCAAUAAAUCCUUCUGACAUUGUUGAACUGGAUGCAGUUCUUGGAAAUCAUAUUUUACAUGAACCUUUGAAAGCUGCUCAACUUUUUCAAUCAGUUUGUUUUGUUGCUGUUAAAACUCUUUCCUUAAUCGAACAGUUACAGACUGAAACUCAAAUUAAUAUAGUGCUGAAAUUAACACAUUUACCUCUUCUACCAAGUUAUGGGCUUGAUCUUUGUGAGUUUCCAUUUGAUUACCUCUCUCAGAGGUUUUAUAUGGUACAAGGAAUAAUCAUUGCAAUGACAACAGUAACUAAAUAUACACAAGGAGCAAGAUUCCUUUGUUCAGAUGAAACAUGCCCUCUUUCUGAAGGAUUUCAGUACAUAAGAGUGCAUGUGCCUGGUGCCACAGAAUCUACAACAGUGAGAAAUGACUUCUUGUGUAAUCUGUGUACCUCCCCACUUCGAGAAGACAGGAAGUUUAGAGUACUUGGUGAUAAACAGAUAGCUGAAAUAAUUACAGCAAAGUCACUUACUGCUCUUCAAGGAUGUCCCAACAAUCAGCCAAUAAGAUUUCAGUCUCUUACAGUUUUCCUAAGAGAUGAAUUAAGCAAUAAAAUCAAAAUAGGAAGUGAAUAUAUUAUUGUUGGAAUUCCAACUUGUGUUAAAAACUCCUCACAAACCACUAUCUGUAUAGAGGCCAACAGCAUAAAUUUGUACAGUCCAAAAGUUCCUUCAGGUAUUACUGACAACUUCAGGUAUCUCCUAGCCUUGACUUCAGGCUCAUGCUGGAAAUUUACAGCUGUGCUUGCCAACAUUUUUGCAUCACAGAUCAUUCCUCCAAGGACUUACAACAUGUUAAAACUUUGUUUGCUAAUGAGUCUAGUACAGACAAAUGAUAGAAAUAAGGAAGUUGGAGAUUACCUGGACAUUCUAAUUGUAACAAGUGAUACAUUACUUGUAGAUAGGCUUUUGAACUUCGGUGUAUGUCUUGUGCCUCGUGGUAUCCGUCAUCCAGCAUCUAGUGAAAUUUUCCCCACUCUGUCCAGAGAUAAAUAUGGAACUGGAGUUCCUAGCAUUCAGGCAUGUAGUGCUUUGCUAGCCAAAGACAGCAUCUGCUACAUAGGAGACUUAUUAUCACAUAAAAAGGAAAAACUUGAAUUACUUCAAUCCGUUUUAGAAAGCAGAAGCACUACAGUGUAUAUUCCUGGAAAGAAAUACGGGGACGGUGUUGAUCAGCAAGUUACCUUUUCAGUUCAGUCCAGUUUUUGGUCCUUUACUGAUGUGGACUCAUCCUCAAAAAGACAUAGAAACUGCACUUUAAUUGGACAAGUGGAUUUCAGUUUGAUUCCCCCUAAUCUUAUGGAUGCAUUUGGACUGUUGGUUUAUUGUAAUGAAUCAUCUCCCUGCCACCCAAUUCUUCCUUCUGUACAACACUGUUUAAAAAAAGCCAUUGAUCCUAAAAAGGUGCUCUAUGAAGCAUCUCAGAAGUUCACAGAACAAGAUUAUGAAAAGCUCAUUGCAUUUGCAAAGAAUCUACCUGUAGAGAUCAGUGUGGAGGCAGAAAAAAUGAUUCAUGGCUAUUACCUAGCAAGUCGAAGAAUCAGGACCGAUUCUAUACAUGGCUCCAAGCUAUCAGCAUCAGCACUGAAAUGCUUAAUUUCUUUAUCUGAAGCACACGCUAGACUAAGUUUAAGGACUAAGGUGCUCAAAGAAGAUGUCUUAAUUGCAGUUUUAUUAUUUGAAACAUCUCUGACACUGAAAUAUGGGGCUGCUAUAUUUUGUCUACCUCCAAAUGCAGUAUUUCCAUUUGAACUCUGUAGUGAAGAAGAUUUAGAGCAAAGGGAUGCUUACCUAACUCAGUGCCAGCAACAACUUCAAGAGUUUAUCACAGCAUAUGGAUCACCUACUGCUACAAGCAAAGAAUAGUAUUUAUUGUUUGGGAAAAGUAUUUUUGGCAAGUGGACUCAAUUACUAGGAUGGGAAACUCCACCCCGCCAACUAUAAAAGGUGGUAGUUUGUAGUUGUAAAGAAAAAUGUGUCACUAAAAAAAUACUACAACGCAUGCCCAGCUUUGAGAACAAAGUAAAAAUUGUACUUCAAACGUUAGUUGACCAAAUCCCAAUUCUAAGGAGACCCAAAGAUGGCAUGGUAUGACAAGAAAAUUACAACUGGCAAAAGUCAAGGAAUAAUAGGGUUACUACGUUACCCUAUAAGGGAAAUAUUUCUGGGUAGUAUGCUUUGGUAGGGAAUUAAAUGGAUGAAAAUACAGUUAGUGUUUAAUGCUGGGAAAUGAUUUUGUUUUAAAAAGUGUAAUUUAUGGUCUCUGCCACAAGAUGGAAACAUUAAAAAAAUGAAAUGACUCCACUUUAUAUUGGCAUGAAUUUCAAAUUUAUCUUCGAAAUUAUAAAAUUGAUGACAGGGCACAAAUUCAUGAAGCUUAAAAUUGGUGGAAUUUUCAGGCAUGAUUGCUAGCUGGAGUACUGAACAAAUGGAUUAAGAUCUUAGUUCUAGGUGAUGUCAGGUUCUCAAAAAUCAUUCAACAGGUAGAUGAACCAGCAAAGACAAAAAAAAAAGUCAUUAUUAAAGCACUAGGGGAUUUAAUAAAGCUUUAAAUUUACUAAAAAGGCCUUCAAUAACUAUAUGACUCUGAAUCUAAUUAUGGCUGUAUUUAGAAAAUUAAGCCAAAUUAUGGUAACCUUCUGUUUUUCUUAUUUUCUGGGAUUAUUUGGAAUCUAACCUGAGAUUUCAUUGCCAGAGAAUUCCUAAAGAUCUUCCCAGUUUCAAAGACUGGUUUCUAUGUAGUUAUUGAUGUCUCUACAUUUUCAGAUUUUUUUUG